AUGUUUUUAAAAUAUUAUUCGAUGGAUAAUUUUACAAUCAUUUUAGUAAUAUUAGAGAACUUAUAACAAAAUCAUGUUUAUGAGCAAAUUUCAAAAACUAUGUGAAUAUGGGUAUGAUAUUUAUUUAAGAAUUUUAAAAAGUAUUUAAAUACUAUUUAUAAAAGUUAAAUUAAUAAUACAAGUACAUUCUUUCCAAGAGCAUUUGAUUUAGGGAAUGCAAUAAAUAGAGAGGAUUUUCUAAAAGAAUAUGAAAGGACUGCAGUUACAAUAAUAUUAAAAAAGGCAAUUAGUGUGUUGAGAAUAAAUUGGAAAAGUGAAAUAAAGAAGAUUAAAGAAAGAAUAUUUGAGGAAUGGAAAAUGAAGGAAGUAAAUAAAAAAAUUAGAAGAAUUAAUAUGAAAAGAACUGUUAAAAGGAAAUAUAAAAAUAUUUAUACAGCAUAAGAAUUAGAAGAUUAAUAAUAAGUUUCAGAAAUUAAAUUUGAUUGUUCAAUAAUGUCAGAAGUCUUCUCUCGAUUAUCAGGUAUGAAAAGAUAUUUGAAAGAUGGAAUUUAUGAUGAUAAGAUUUUUGAAUUAAGCCAUUAAUAUAUAUCUAAAACCAGAUUAAAGUAAUUUAAUAAUGAAAAUUUAGUUUAAUUGCAUAUUCUUAUGUUUAGAAGUUUGAUAAAGGUUCAAAUCCAAGUUAAUUUUUAAUUAGAAAAUUAUAUAGAUAUCAUUUGUUUUUAAAAAAGUAUCUUACAAAGUUGAUGGAAUAAAUAAUUUUUGGAUUAUAAAACCUGGUGAUUGUGUAAGAGGAAUCUAAACUAUAUAAAUAUAAAAAAAUCUAAAGAUGGUGGAAAUCAUUAUAUAGAAAAAGAAUUAAAUAAAGUGCCAAAAUCAACUCAUUUUUUAAAUGGUAUAUAUAUUAUAAUUUAUUAUAAAAAAAGAUAUAAAAAAAUAACUCAUUGUUGUUAUAUUUAUUUUCAAAUGAUAGUGUACCAAAAUGUGUAUAGUUUCAUGAAAUUGAUCUAUAUUUUAUUAUGAAAUUCUUAAUAUUAUCAAUUCCUUUUUAUUUUGUAUAUUUUCAGCAUUAAUUGAUAAAUUAUACAUUCCGAAUUUGA